UUAUAAGUGAUCAAAUGGCUCAAGAACGUACUUUUAUGAAGAUCGAUUUGUCCGAUUAUGACAAUCGCAAAGACGAGAUCACUCGUGAUUUGAUGACUGCCUCUACCGAGCAAGGCUUCUUCUAUGUUGUCAACCAUGGUAUUUCUGUUCAACAAAUCCGUACCAUGUUCCAGACCAGCCAUGACUUCUUUGCCUUGCCUGAUGAGAUCAAGGCCAAGACCCCCAUGGACAAGACCAGAAAUGCUGGUUGGGAGAAAUUGGCUCAGAUUAGACCUUCUACAGGUGUUGCCGAUUUGAAGGAGUCUGUUCAGCUGGGCUGGCAAAAUGUGGACGAUCUCUGGCCUACCCAGGAAGAUGCACCUGGUUUCAAAACUCAGUCACUGCAUUUCAUGGAGCAGUGUCAGGAUGUUUCCAUGAAGAUUCUCUCUUGUCUUGCCAUCGGUCUUGGGUUCGAAGAAGACUUCUUCCUCUCUAAGCAUGAUGUUACCCAGCCUGACUGCCAACAAACGCUGAGAUGCCUUCACUAUCACGAUAUCACCGGAAAGACUUUUCCACCAGAGUACUGGCGCGCUGGAGCCCACACCGACUUCGACACCUUGACUCUCCUUUUCCAGAAGCCCGGUGAAAAUGGUCUUGAGGUAUGCCCUGGCCGAGAAGCUUCUACUGACUUUGCAGUGGGUGAUGCAUGGAGUCCUAUCAACCCUGGAGAAGGCGAAAUUGUAUGUAACAUUGGUGAUAUGAUCAUGAGAUGGUCUGACGAUCGUCUUAAGAGCAACUUCCACCGCGUGCGCACUCCCAAGGUUGGAGAAUAUCAAGGACCUCGCUACUCGCUUGCUUACUUCAAUCAAGCCAACAAGUCUGCUAUUAUCCAAGGCAAAUCCAAGUAUCCUGAAGCAAUCACCGCUGGCCAGUUCUUGCAAGAUGCUAUGGAACGCAACUACAAGGCCCUUCAAGCUUUGAAGGCUGCUGCUUCUGCCGAGUAAAUAGCCUGUUUGGCGUCAUCUGACAGUAGACAAAUGGGACGUUGAAUAACUAGUGUACAUUCAAAAACAGUCUAUUCAGCUCACAUUUGUGAUCAUCCCUGUCAGCGCGGUUACAGUCACUCCGCGGAUCAAACCUGUAUAUAUGUAAUUAUUUUUCAUGGGGCAACUCUACAUCAUACUUGCUCAGUUAAAUUCAUUUUGCAUUCACCCAUCUAUAUUUGGUUUACAAGUGUGUGAAUUGUGUGCGUGAUUGAGAGAGUUGGAGAUAUUUCCCAAGCUAAAUGAUACCAAU